AUGUCUAAAUCAGAUUUUAACAAACGUUCGAUCAAUAUUAUCCGUCCAUAUAUGAAUCAAAUUAUUUCAUUACAAUUAUCAGAACCAUUUUUCAUCAAAAAUUUCUUUAGAAAAUUUCCUAUUGACACAUCAUUCAAUCGUCUCGAAUCAUUGGUACUCAAUGAUCUUAAUGUAGAUGAUGAUGUUUCUAUUCUUAAUAGUUUAGCUCAAUUACCUCGACUCUUCUCUCUCAAAAUCUUUUGUUACGACUGUAAUGAACUAUUUAUCAUUUUUCAAUCAAUAUUUCUUCUACCUGUUUUACAAUAUGCCAAAAUUUUGUGUUCGAACUUUGGUGCUAGAUUUCCGUUUCCCCUAGCUACGAGCGACAAUCAACGAAGUAUGACUCUUGAGUAUCUCGCCUUUGAUGGUCCACCUCAUUUUUCAAGUAUUUACAAUCUUCUAUCAUAUACACCUGGACUUCGUCGUUUGUCAGUUGAUCAAAUCUGGCGUGAUAGAUACACACCACUAAUACAAUUUAUACUGCCACGCAAUCUAACUAGUAUUUCUCUGUGUCAUUGUCGUUUAUCAUUUGAUGAAUUCGCAUCAUUCAUUGCAAUCGUUGGUUCUGAACUCAAUUUCUUACGCAUUUCAAUUGUUCAUCAAACUGCUCUAUCAAAUGCUUAUCAAUGGCAACAAUUAAUUUUACAUCAUAUGCCACGUCUGCGUACGUUUCUCUUUGAUUAUCAUGGUUCAUUAAACAAAGAUGCUGACGGAAAUAAUCGCUGUCGAACAUUACUUGAUGAAUUUUCUUCGCCAUUUUGGAUCGAACGGCAAUGGUUUUUUGCCCAUAGCCAUUAUCAUCGGUUUUCUCAAGAAGCAUGUUUAGCAUUCUAUUCAACUCAAAUUCGUCGGCAAUACUGCUGUCAAAUUGAUGAAACUUUAGAUAAUAACAUAUGUUCGUACCAAGAUCCAGUCUUCAAUUUAUCUUUUGGACCACGGAUUAAUAUGAAAAAUCGAAAUAUUGUUGCCAAUUUUCCUUUUCAGUUUCCUCGUGUAACUGAAUUAGAACUUACCGAGAAUUAUGAUACGAUCAAUAUUGACUCAUUCAUUGAUAAUCUAAUACCGUCAGAUCAACAAAUUAAUACAGUUGACUUGGUAUGCAAUAAUAAUGUGCGAAAUGUAGGAAUACAUGGUGAACUUGCACUUCCCACUGUUCAACUAAUCAAUAAGCUUUUUCCUCGAAUGGAAUGUCUUGAAAUUUCGGAUGGAGAGGAUACUCUCAUAUCACUUGUACGAACUCUGUUGUCAAACAGAAUUAAUAACAGUCAUCUUUUCUCAUUGGUGUUUUAUGGUGCUGAUGAUGAUGAUGAUGAUGCAUUAAUCAAACAAUUGAAGACAAUGAUCGAUAAUGAAAAGUUACUUGAUAAUUAUGAUAUCGAACAUCGACAGUUUCAGCUGUGCUUAUGGUGGUAA